AUGGUCGUGUUCAAAUUGUCCGAUUGCUUUAAACAUAACUUUUUACACCUCACCAUUUUGGGGAUAUGGCCAGGAGAGAACUCACCUAGUUUUUACAAAUACUAUUCGUUUAUUUUCCUCUGUAUUAACCUUUUAAUUUACAAUUCUUUAUUGAUCCUCAAUUUGGUUUUUACACCACGGAAAAUUGAACUUAUGGUUCCCGAAGUCAUCUUUUUAUUCACUGAGGUCACCGUUAUGGCUAAAGUUUUUAUGGUUCUUCUAAUGCGGAAUAAAUUUGUUACUGUUUUCAAUGUAUUAAAUUGUGAGGCUUUCAAGGGCGCCAAUCAAAAUAGCGAAGAAUUGAUCAAAAGGCACGUUUUAAACUAUAAAACAUAUUGGAAAAGGUACACGGUUUUAGGGAACUUUUCUUUUUUUUCGCGUGUGUUCGCACCAAUCAUCAAGCAUUAUCUAUUCAACUCGGAUAUAGAAUUGCCAAUAUGUACAUACUACUUCUUAGACGAAGGAGUAGUUCAACGGUAUUUUGCAUUUUGGUUUAUUUAUCAGUCAGUCGGAAUGUACAGCCAUAUGCAGUACAAUGUUGAUAUUGAUACGUUGAUCGCUGGGUUAUUGUACUUAGCAAUAGCACAGGUUAAAGUGUUAAAUAAUGAACUUAAAAAUUUAAAAUUCACCAAAAUGAAACACAGAUGUCCUUUGAAAGAAGAUGAGUUACAAGUAAUUGCCCUUCAUAAAAAUUUAAAGAAUUAUGAAGUGUUACUAAAUUAUUGCAGCAUUGUUCAAGAUAUAUUAGGGGCUACAUUGUUCGUCCAAUUUGGCAUGGCAGCUAUUAUAAUGUGUGUUGUAUUAUCAGCAUUCCUUUUGCCCUUAACAAUAGAGUUACUGUCCUUUUUAGUAACAUAUCUGGGUGCCAUAAUUUUGGAAAUAUUUGUACCAUCCUGGCUUGGGACACAACUGAUAUACGAAAGUGGAGAUCUAGUCACUGCGGCUUACUGUUGCGAAUGGAUACCAAGAUCUGAGAGGUUCAAACGAAGUCUUAAGCUUUUUAUGGCGCGGGCGAAUAGUAACAUCGUGAUAACAGGCUGGCAGAUUUUCCCGCUAACCCUUAAUACCUUCACUUCGAUUGUGAAAACAGCUUAUUCUUUCUUCACUCUCAUCAGGAAUUUUCAAGACCUAACAAGUCAAUUAGAAAGCUUAAGCAGAACCUUAUGCUGCUGGAGACUACUAGGCUUAUGGCCCGGAAAAAACCCUAGUCGCUUCUACAGAUGCUAUACCAUUGUAUUUCUAUUUUCAACAAUGGUAAUAUACGACACAGCACUUGCGAUAAACCUAUUUUGUACACCGUUAAAAAUUGAGUUACUGAUCCAAGAAGUUACCUUUUUGUUUAACGUUAUAUCGAUAACCACGAAAAUUUUAAUGGUAAUCGUUUGGAGAAAGAGAAUUCUCAAACUGUUGAAAAUAUUAGACGAUGAAAUGUUCCAAGGCAAAGAUGAUGCCACCCAAAAUAUUUUAGCAGAGGGCACAAAUUCAUAUAUUCUGUAUCGAAAUAUACUUAUGGUAGUGGGACACUUUGCAUACUCAUUCAAUUCAGUUAUUCCUAUUAUAGCAAACCAGCUAAUACCUUCUUACGUUAUAAAAUUUCCUACUUCAAACUAUUAUUUUUUCAAAGAAGAGACUAAAAAAGACUACUUUGCAAUUAUAUUUGGAUACCAGGCGUUCGGGAUCUAUGGCUUAAUGAUGUCCGAUAUUUCCGUGGACACUUUCAUAAACGGGUGUUUAUUUUUUGGAAUAAGCCAAAUAAAAGUUUUAAAUUAUAAGUUAAGAAACUUGAAAUGUGAUGAAAGUCUAACACUGUCCAGAAACUUAAAAGAACACGUUCAAAUUAUGAAAUUAAACGAAUGUUUGAGACAUUACGACCGUAUCUUGAAAUAUUGCUCCGAGUUUCAAAUUAUAAUAAACUUCACUUUAUUUAUUCAAUAUGCGAUGGGAGCUAUGAUUAUUUGUGUACUAUUAUGUGGGCUACUCUUGCCAUUAACAUCAGAAGAAUACACAUUUAUGGUUACUUAUCUGUCAGCCAUGGUGUUGCAAAUAUUUGUGCCAGGUUGGCUUGGAACACAAAUUUCUUAUGAGAGUCAAGAGUUAGUGUUCGCGGCGUACAAUAGCGAUUGGAUCCCUAGAACGGAGCGAUUCAAAAGGAGUAUCAAGAUUUUUGUAGAGCGCGCAAACACCCCCAUUGUGAUGGUUGGCUUAAAAAUGUUCCCUUUGUCACUUGAGACGUUUGUAUCUAUUAUGAAGACAGCAUACUCCUUCAUGACGCUUGUAAGAAACGUUCAGGACCGCGAAGAAUAA